UUCAGCGCUCAGUCCGACGAGCUCGCUCAGACGAGUGGGACCGCAGCGCGCGCGGCUUGUUUUCGAUUCCUCGCGCGUUCGCCGCUCUUUUUUUCUCUCUUUCUCGCUACGUUCUCUCUACGCCAGUAUUCUUCAAAAGUGGACCGUCCGAUUCGCGCAGUCGACGCGGAAUCAACGAGGAGAAGCCUCGGACAGUUGUUAUCUGGCGAACGAAUCUCGAGCGGAUAUUAUGAAGAAGAGGCUACAGCAGUGACUCACGACGACGAUGACUACUGCUGGCCUUUAAAAAUAAACCGUCCGGCCACGAUAUCGUACUCCCGCACACGCACACACACACAGCUCCAUUGCGAAGAUGUAGAAAGCGAGAAAAUCGCGUGUCUACGUACGAGAGGACGAGGCGCUCGCGAAGAAGAAGCGCGAAGGAAUUCGAGCAGGAAGAAAAGGCCGGGAUAGAAAAAUAAAUACGGAGGAAAAUAGAAAAGAACGGCUUGUCACUGCGCCGCUGCAGGAAGCGGGCAAUAAACGUCGAGCCGCGAGCGCUCUUGUAAGUCACAGUUGAAAAAAUAAGCGGGAAAAGUGUAGCGGUAGCCGAGAGAGAGAGAGAGAGAGAGAGAGAGAGAGAGAGAGAGAGAAGGAGAAAAAGGAAACACAAUAAUCGCGCGCCGCCGAUUUUUACGGCCGACACGCCUGAGGUAAUAGAUAAUUGCAGCGAGCGAGUUUCAAGGCUCUGUAAUAUAACAGUCUUUUCUCUCUCGCUCUCGUCCUCGGCGUCGAAGAAGAAGCGAAGCGAUGCGCGGCACGUGGACUGCCUCUUCUCCGAGUGUAUUUUCGGCCGAGACUCGCCGCGGCGAUAAAACGCAGUAGCAGCAGCAGCAGCAGCAGCAGCAGCGCCGAUACUUGCAUUGUACACAACCGACGCACUCGCAGUGUCGCUCCAGACUCCGUAGCGGAGAGAAAAGUUCCGAUGCCCGUGCGGGAGAAUAACGCAUACGUCCUUGAGUGAAUUGUGCUGUGUGUAUAAUACAAACGUGACCGUAUGUGCCAUUGCGCGAGGGUGAAAUUUGUCCGAUGAUGUACAGCGAUGACCGAUCGCCGUCGCGAGACGCUCGCCGAGCCAAGUCGUCGAUAAGUCGACGAGAGGUUACGUAAGCCCGAUAAGAGUCGAUACGAACGAGCUGUGAGAAAUUCCUGCGCGAAAAAAGCGCAUCGCAGUGCGGAGAUAGAGACGGAAUGCGCGGCUGAGGACGAGCUUUUACGUAACUCGAGUGCAGCAGGUACCUGUAUAGCCCCGAAAAGAUCGGUACGCACACGGAUGGACAACCGGUUUCUCUCACGAGGGGCGCGAUCGACUCGGAAAUUCAUUUCCAGUCCUCGUAUACGAAGCCGUUUUUUCUCCAGGUGAACGGGAAAACCGGCUGCGGGAUAUUGUAUUGAAUUUCCAUCAGGACGGAGAGUCGAUUAGUGUAGAAGCUCGACUUCUCAUCCGGGCCAUACGCGCAGAAAAGUGGAAAAGUGGAGAGAAGCGGAAGCGUCGAAAUAUCCAGGAGCGACCUCGAAAGCCAACAAAAGAACGGAGAGAGACUCCCGCUGCUCAUUAGGAUUCAUGAGUUGUCGGGUGUUCCGCGCAAAAUCUCGCGAUUGAUCCAGAUCGACGACCUCCAAAUUUGCCGAGCGGCUGGCUCGAAAGUUUCCGCUUUGUGGGAAGAAGCCUCGCGAUCGGUGGAGAAGAAGUAGCCGAUCGAUAAGAAAAGCGAUUAUCGGCUCCGAGAGAUAAGAGAAGCGAGAAAAGCUGACGAAGCUACAGAGCAUGCAGCUGGCGGCGUCGCAGCGGGCUCACCCCCCGCCAGUGCCGCCCCGGCCGAGUCGCCAGGUCGUCGCCGAGGCGUUGAAGAAGUCGCCGAGACCCCCUUGUCCCACGAGACAGGCGCCUCCGCCGCCGAACCAGCGGCCCUGGAGACUCGAGGAGCAGCAGAAGCCCGCGGAGAAGAGCGCCGGCAGGACCAUAGUCUACGACUCGGCGGUGCCCCCUGCGGUCGAGCCCAGGUCGAAGCCUCCCGAGGUCCAGGCGAGGAAACUCCUCGGCGAUGCCGCCAAGAGGCCCGCGUCCCGGGAUCUGAGCAAGGAGGUCACCAACGGGAAGCUCGAUCACAAGGAGGAGCAUCGCAAGAUCGAGGACAGGUCCAAGCGAAAGGAGGAGAAUCAGCAGCCGGACGCCGCCGACACCUCGAUCGUCAACAACAACAACAACAACAACAACGAUGAGGCCGAGAACAACAAGGACCAGUGCGACAGCCCGGCGAGGGACGAGGAGGUCAGGAAGAAAAAGUGCCACAACGUGACCUUCAAGGAGGAGCAGCCCACGGCGCCGGUCGCGGUCGAGCGCAGCAACAGCAGCCGCAGCUCCAUAUCCACGAGCUCGAGCACAAAGAGCCUGGAGAACUGCGCCACGGUCGUGGUGAUAGACGAGGCGGAGAACGCUCGAAUCUCGCACAACGGCAGUCUGCAGGAGGAGCACGACUACAACAUCCAGCGGCAGGACUGGCUCGAGGCCGGUGUUCGGUACUCCUCGACCAAGAUCGUCCUCCCCGGCGAGGAGGUCGUCGUCAACGGCUUCUCCUCGUCGACUCCGAGCAAACCUCUGCUGCAGCAGCAACGACAGCAUCGGCCAGAGGAAAACGGCGAGGAGGAGGGGGAGAACCAGCUGGAGUUCGCUGACCUCGAUUUUUCCAGUAUAAUCGAAAGGAUAGCGAUGUCGUCGCUCCAGGGUCUUCCACCGCUGCCUCGCAGUCUCAGCGGCUUCAAUCUAAACGGCGCAGGCCUGGUGGUCGAAACCGCUCCACCACCGCCGGCCAGGUCGACGAGCAAGAGUCAACGGAUCCCAAAAACGCCGACCUCGACGACCUCGCUGUCCAGCCAAGGCUCCAGACCUUCGCCACAAGGCAGACAGCUCACUACGCUCGACACGCAGCUCGCCAUUCUCAGGCGAGAAAUGUUCGGACUGCGUCAGCUGGAUCUCUCGCUGCUGUCGCAGCUGUGGUCGUUGAACGAGUCGAUACAGGAGUUCCGGCAGUUGCUGCAGGAGCAGGAAGACCGGGCACCAUCGCCAUCGCCGAGCAGCGAAGAGGGCGACGACACGUCCUACGGCGGUGGCAGCUCCUCGACGACGCAUCAACCGCCGCCGCCACCCCGAAGACCUGCUCCGAGUACACCUCACCACCACCACCAUCAUCACCACAGGACGAGGUCGGCCAGGAGCCAGUCCAAUCUGCCCAUCAGCGACGAGUCUCCGUCCAGCGAGGAGUACGGCGCCGUUUGAAGAGCUGCUCGUUGAUGUUGCUUUGAUUCUUUUUACACACACACACACACACACACACACACACACCGGACUGAACUUUCAAAGGAGAGCUGAAGUGAAUUGCCAGACUCGUUCUGUUUUAUUUAACGCCUGUAGCGGUUAAGACACUGUAAUUGUAAACAGGAGCAUAAAUUUGUACGUGACUGACCAACGAGAACCGCGGGCUUUUCAUCCUAGUUGCUUCGAAGCUGAGCUUUUUAAAUUUUAAUUCUAGAGUAUAGGAUAUUACGCGUAUAAGUUUGUGGCGAGAAAUUCUUUAUUCCUAUUUGUUCACUUUGAUCGCGCGAGAUUUAUUGUGACGGCUAGUGAGUUCCAAAGAAGCGCUUUUAGAAGGACAGUUUUCUUAAUACAUAGAUAUUGCACAAAUCGAAAGGGUUUUUCGUUGACAAUAAUGUUUUGAGGAGUGGAAGCACUUAAUUAUUGUUUAAAUUGAAUUUUUGUACACGUGGUGGAACGAAAUUACGCACGAUUAAGAAGAUUGUCCUUUGGAAGAGAGUUCUUCUGCCUUUGUAAUAAGAUUGAUCUAGGUUAUAGAGGUAGGGAUGUUUCGAGAGCGUUUCCUAUAAAAGUAAAUGGCGUUCUGGAGUUUGUAGACCUGAUGUCACUCCAUCCAAGUGGUGCCCACGAAUGUACGUCUGGAGCCUGACCAGAAUAAACUAGUUUGCGGUUUUUUCACGAAAAGUAUAGUCUCUAUAAUAACAAUUAGCUCGUUUUAAUUUCUGUGAUUUCUUUAUUAACCACUUAAUUUACCGCUUUCUGAACGCUGUGAAAUUCGUCGUGAUCAAAAUUGUAACCGAUUCGUUGAAAACAGUCUAGGAUUUUUUUUAGGAAGUUGAACAACGACUCUCAUUGUGUUGCUAGAUGAUUUUGCAAGAAAAAGGAAUUUGUAAUGACAACGUGCUCGCUAUUAACGUGUAAUAUAGCAAACGCGUUUGAGUAGUUAUUACAAGAUCUCGUUUUUAGAUUUUAAAAUAAUUAAUUGAAGAUUGUAUAUAGGUUUAUUAAUACUUGAAUAAAAUAUUUGAAUCUACUAUAA